AUGGCGACUUUGGUCGCUUCAGUCCAGGGAACCGUCUGGCUUGGACAGUCGUGCAGUGGAUCUGGUUACGACUGCACCGACGACUUCAAUAGUGUUGCUGUUUGCAAUGGUCGUCAGUGGGUACUGUCCGCACAAUGCGGAAGAGCUUGCUGCGUUUGGCCGGGUGGCGAUCCUGCUCCAUGGUGCAGGUGCUAA